GUUCUCCGAAAGCGCUCACCGGCGCUGAGCGGCUAGCAGCGGCUAUUGGACUCAAAGCCGAACCGAUAGUUCUUCUUUGCUCACCGAUGUUGCAGGAAAUAGACUCACAAGAUCUUUGAGGCAAGGCAAUACCUCUACAUGCCCAGAUACGGAUGACAGACAAUGUCGCUGUGAGAGCUGAGUUCAGGUGAUUCUCAAUACACGAUGUACACAUCUGACACGGACGUUUUCCCAAGCUCUCCGGAUCUCAUUUGGUCGCAUAUUACGUGCAUACGGCAUGUUGAUCCUCCAUUCCGGCAGACAUCAGCUUUCAAAAGUCAAGGGUUCUAAGCCAUCAUUGAGGGGAACGACUCACAUGAAGGACGCUAUCUUUCUUGACACCGUAUGGCGCUUGAGGCUAGGCCUGAGGGCUUAGAGGAGAUACAUGCCGCUACGUCCCGAGCGCUCCGUCACACCCCCUCUCAAAAGACCGUGAAAACGCUUUCUGAUAAGUUUGAGAAUACAGAUGAGUUAGGCGCAUAUGGCGCUUCUGUACUGUGGUGUCCAGGAAAUUGUCCUAGGCACCUCGUCAGCGAUUCACCCGGCGCUGCCCAUGGAGACUUAGGCGGUUAGAGUGAAACGACGCAGUUACGCUCUAUCUGACACAUGGCGUCAGAUACUGACCUACCAUUCGUGUUCAUUCAACACUUUUCACCGUUGGCCGGGCGGUGCUCGAUCUCCGUUUUGGGUUUCCGAUGAUUUGGAUAAUUUCAUCCACGAAGGGGG